AUGUCAUCUCUUAUUAAAAAAGAUUAAAAGAAAGCUCCAAAUUAGUACUUAGAUUUUGAUUAAUUGACUCAUAAGAAAUAUCACUAUGAUCAAAAGAAAGCAAAUGAAUAAUCUAUUAAGUAAGAAUAGUAUAUUCAAGAUCUUAAAAAAGCGUAUUUUAGUUAAAUAAUUAUUAGUUAUGAUUAACAAAAAUUAGAGAUUGAACCUUUAUUCUAGAAAGUUGAAUUGUUAUAGAUAGAGAGAAAAUAAUUGAUGGAUGAAAUUGAAUAAUAUAAAAUGAGUUAAAUGGAAAUUCUUAAAAAAUAUGAAUAUGAAUAUUAAGAGAAAGAUAAAUUAAAUAAAGAAUUAACAAAGCUUAAAUAAUAAAUUUAAGCAUAAUAGAAGAUGUAAUUGCCAAAAGAAUUUUAAGAUAAAAAAUGUCAUGAAUUAAAAGAAUCAUUAUUUGUUACAAUUAAAGAUAUUAUGAAGGACUUUUUAGAUAACUAUAAUCAUAUAAUGGGAUUUAAAGAUGAAAUUGAAUGUAUUUAUAUAAUUUAAUAAUUUAAGUGUCUAAUAAUUUAUUAGAUGAAUUACUUUAACAAAUUGAUGAUUCAAUUAAUAUGUUUGUAGAUAAUUUACCUGUUUAAUCAAACAAAUAAUUACAAUCAGAAGAGAUUCNUAUAUAGUGUAAGAGCAAAAAGCAACACUUAGACAAUGCUGCUUAAAAAAGUGAUUGA